AUGUUUGUUGGCCUAGUGUUUUCUAGUAUUGCUGGUGUUGCAAUGCCCUUAAUGGCAGUUAUUUAUGAAAAAAUGGUAGAUUGCCUUACUCUUAUUCAAAACUAUAACAUUUUCGAAGAUGAAUUUUCUUACCAAAUUAGCAAGUACUCCUUGUAUUUAAUAUAUAUUGCAAUCAAUACAUUUGUUGCUAUCUAUAUUUAUAUAGCAAUUUGGGUAUACACUGGUGAAAGGUAUAAUAGUAUAAGAGAUACAACAAAUGAUUCUACCUUGUUGAAGACAUUUCAAGAUUGUUUGGAGACCAUGAGUAACCCAAACAAAAGAAAAAACCGAUGCAUUGAAGAAGUUAUCAAGGAAUUUGUAGUUACCAGAAAGGAUCAAUUAUGUAGUUCGGAUGUGGAAUCACAAGAUACCGACUGUGGAGAACUUGCCAAAGAUUUGUUAUCAAUCAUUACUGUGUUUACAGCCAGACAUAACGGUCUGCAAGCCGCAUCUUACAAGAGACAACGAGAAAAAAAAGCAAGCAACAAAGACAGGAAAACAACAAAAAAACAAAAGUUUAAAGAUUCUCAAAAUUUGUUUGAAAAUUUUGAAAAUGAUGAAAAUGACAAGUGUUGGGUGUUGAAGACUCCAUCAUCGAUCCAUGAUAAUGCUUUUCUAGAAUUCAAAAAGAAUCUCAAAACUGAAUUAGAAAAGAAACAAAAAUUUAAACUGAGGUCCAAUGGCCAAUUCUACGAAAUUACUACCAUAAACAAUGAAGCCGAAUUACUAAACCAAACAAUUAUUAAUAACUGCCAUGAUGCUAUUUUAGAAACUAAUUUAGAAGACUUUGAUGUGCUUUUUAAUUUUAAUUUUAAGUUUGACCCUCCUAAAGGAAUUGAAAAUUGGAUAAACAACAUUUGGGAUAAUGAAAUUGAAGAAAUGACACGACCAAAUUUAAGGGGAGUCGAUGAACGCUUUUUUAAAAAUAGUGUCGAGGAACUGA